AUGUCAAGCUUCGAUGUCCAAGAAGAAACCCACCAUCUUCGUCGAUCCGACACUUGCCUUGGGUGGCACUGUCUCAACUCAGCUACACGGUUUGGCAUCAUAUUCUCCCUUGUUGUUGCAUUCAUCAUCCUGUCAAUUGUCUGGAUGUAUUGUGCGGGCCGGGAGAGAAUCUUCCGCAUUAGAACCAAAACGAAUCUUGCGUCUGGAGUUCAAAAAGAACGGCGUUACCAAUUCACACGGAAGAGCGCAGCAACGUCAACACCACAUUCAGUGCCGCAAAACUUCGUCUCCGAGAACGGAAUGCCUCCACACUUCCCUGUUUAUUUCUUGCCAGUGCCCUGGGUGUUGCCAGUGCAGUCAUUUGGCGUCAUGAAUGCUCACACUGCUCAAAUCCACACGAUGGCUUCAACAGGUCUGCCACAGGGAACACUGUAUCCUACAUAUCCCGGUGUAACAGCUCCUGAGCUGCCAAAACCAGAAGACCCUCGCAAAGAGUCAAGCCGAGCUUCAGAUGAAUGUCCAUCGGGUCAUCCUACAUGGUGGCAACGCUUCUAUAGGGCUUUUAAUCUACCUGCUGGAGCGGCAUCUACCAUUGCGAGUUCGCCUUCCCUUUCCCCAGAGCCUGAGCAGAGAGCAAUCAUCAGGAUCGAUCAUUCAGCUAUUAAUAGGCGCCUUGAAAACGCCACACCGCGAUUCGAUGGUCAUAUCAAUAAAUGCACUUUUGAAACAACAGCCACAGAGCAGGAUGAUGUUUCGUCGAUGCUAUGCAAUCUUGACGCUUCCAAUGAUUCCAAGGAGUCGAUUCGGAGUGAUGCUGCCACGGUCCACAGCGACGAUUUUGAAGUGAAUCCUCGGUACCGAUGA